AUGGACAUGCUUGCACAGAGCUGGCACGACCUGGACAAUGUUGAAUAUGACUGCUGGCCUAUGAAAAAUCCGGAUGAACACAACAUGAUCGAUUGCGCUGGAUUGGAGAUGAGCUGGGUGGACAGACCUCCGGAGAAGGUGCGGAGUGGAGAGGAGUUUAACGUCACCUACGCCGUCAGUGUUUCUGAUAGCUUCUAUCAGAUGGCUGUCACAAACGGGAUCCUGAAGUACAGUUACAUUGACAACGCAAGUGAAGCUAAGCGGUUCUGUGAAGAAAAGGAGUGUCCUUCGAACUGGAAACACGCAACGGAAGACAACUGUUGCAUUUACCACGCAAACGUCCACUCGUGUCCAAUGGCCUUCAUGAAAAAAGGUGGAAUCUGUGGCCCCUGGAUUCCAGAUGAUGGGGAAAUUGUGACUCACACCGUAUCACAAGCUGGAAAAAUGUCCCAACAAAACUGGACCACCAAGGUUGUGUUAGUCCACGUCGGAGUGACUUCAUUAAUUGCACACAUUAAAGUGGGCCAAAUGCACGCUGCUUUGGAAGCAAAGACGACAGUACAAAGUGCACAAGUCUGUGAUGAUGGAGUCUGUGAUGAGGACGAGCGAUGUGACACCUGUCCUGCUGACUGUGGAUCGUGUCCCAUGUCCAUUGGGAUCAAAGCUUCAAUCGGACUUCCAAUUACCUUCUUCUGUACUGGGUUUAUCCUCACACUGGUGUGGAUGCAGUAUCAGAAGCAGAAGUUGCUGUGGGAUGAGAGCUGGAUCAUCAGUCUGAAGGAGAUGAGCCCAGGCAGCAGGUUCCUCGUGGGAAUCGGUAGCGUCGCAACUGUCCGACAAACCAAUGGCAUUUCGAACCUGAGUGAGGUGACUGAUGCUUCUGCAAGUGGAUAUGCUGCAAGCCCAGUCCACAAGCCGGGCUUUAUACAGACCGGCAUCUAUGACGGACGGACAGUGGCCAUCAAAAGAAUACGCAAGAAAACCUUUACUCUCUCAAAAACCAUCAGAAAAGAAGUAAAGCAAGUGAGGGAACUCGAUCAUCCAAAUCUUUGCAAGUUUAUUGGUGGAUCUGUGGAGGUGCCCAACGUUACCAUAGUUACUGAAUACUGCCCUAAAGGGAGCCUGUCCGAUGUUCUGUUCAAUGAUGACAUUCCCCUGAAUUGGGGGUUCAGACUGUCGUUUGCCACUGAUGUGGCUCGGGGAGUGGCCUAUCUCCACCAGCACAAAGUCUACCAUGGGAGACUGCAGUCAACCAACUGUGUCAUCGAUGACAGAUGGGUGUGCAAGAUCGCAGACUACGGGUUAGCGGUCUACAGGAGGGACGAUUUUGAGGAACUUACCAUUGGUUUUGUUCCAAGGAUGGGCCGCAUUUACUGCGCUCCUGAAGUGAUUGCAGGCACCUCUUCCAACAUGAGUCCCACAGCAGAUGUCUAUAGCUACUCUAUAAUACUGCUUCAAAUUGCAACACGAUGUGAUCCAGUGCCGGGCGAUGUUGAUCUGGGCAAGGUUGAGCUGACCUGGCGUCCUAAUCUUCCCAAAAUUCACGCUGGAAAGUCCGACAGCGAUUGUCCAACACAGCAAGACUACGAUGAGUUGAUAAAGAAGUGUUGGGCUCACAAUCCUCUCCUGAGGCCGACGUUUGAACAAGUUAAGAAGAUGCUUGAGAAAAUGAAUCCCAAUAAAGUCAGCCCAGUGGAUAUGAUGAUGAAUUUGAUGGAAAAGUACAGCAAGCACUUGGAAGUUAUUGUGGCUGAAAGGACCCAGGACCUGCUCCAGGAGAAGCAGAAGACGGACUCCCUCCUGUACAGCAUGUUACCAAGAGCAGUGGCUGAUGAUCUUCGUCAGGGGAUUGCUUCCGAGGCACAAAGUUACUCCAACGCCACCGUCUACUUCAGCGAUAUUGUCGGCUUCACCCAGUUGUCCAGUGCCAGCACUCCUUACCAAGUCGUGGACUUCCUCAAUCGUCUGUACACCACCUUCGAUGACAUCAUCGACAACUACGACGUCUACAAGGUCGAAACAAUUGGAGAUGCUUAUAUGGUCGUUUCCGGGGUUCCCAAAGAAAACGGCCUCAACCACGUGGGCGAGAUUGCGAGCAUGGCCUUGGAUCUGGUUUCUGUCUGCAGGUCCUUUGUGAUCCCACACAAGCCGGAUGUGAAUUUGAAAAUCCGGGCAGGCAUCCACUCAGGUCCUGUUGUGGCGGGUGUGGUUGGAACCAAAAUGCCGCGAUACUGUUUGUUCGGAGACACGGUGAAUACUGCGUCAAGGAUGGAGUCAACGAGUGAAGCAUUAAAAAUUCAAUGCAGCUCCAGUUCCUCUGAGCUGCUGAAAGAAAUCGGUGGUUACAUCCUGACCUGUCGUGGUCCGCUCCUUGUGAAGGGGAAGGGUGAGAUGAUCACCUGGUGGCUCGAUGGGAAGGAAUGUGACGGAUCAGAUCGGAGAACAGCCUCCGUCACUCCGGCACCGCGCCCGCAUUCUCCGGAGAUCGCCAGCAACGCCUGCAACCUCGCCCCGCACCAAGGUGAGAAACUCCUCGCUAAACUUCGCCUCUCAGUUGCCUUGGCCGGCGAGUUCUCCUCUGCAGUGGCGACGUGUCCCAGGAGUUACAAGUAA